UGUUCCUACUUCACUUAAUCUUUCUUCCUCUUAACAUAAACAACAUUUCAGUACUCUAUGAAAUAUUGUCGUCCUUACCUCCAAUUUUUAUCAGCAGAGAAUAUGCCCAGUCCUCUCCUCCUGUUCAUGUGUCGUAAGUACCAUUCGAGAACGACAAAUGUCAUGCUCGUGUGUCAGUCAAGCAGAUAUUGGCUUGAAGUGGGUAGGAUCCAUCCAUCCUCGACGAUUUAGUACAAUCAACCACCAAUCGACGAUCUACCCGAGGCUGUGCCACUUGAUUUGCCACGAAGUUGCAUGAGUGAGCUCUGCAGGAUGAUGAUGAUGUAUUCCCGUCAUUUUGGCUGAACCAAAAUCUCAGGCCUCGUCCUCUGCGACCUAACGCUGUGAAGCCUCGAGGGCGGGGAUGAUGAGCAUCUCAUGAUCCACGCCGUGAAGGCACGGACUCCACUUUCCUCCCGGUUAGUUUGAUCUCAAAGGACAUCUCACAGCAAUGGAGUGAAAGCCCCAUGCAGCUUCCACGAAAGCGACACGCAUGGCUGGCCACACUUGCUUGCCUCCUUUACCUUCCCCUCGUGAACCAGGCGCCAAGCAAAAGCUUACACCUUCCUUCCUCUGUACCUCACUUAGCCGGCGUCCAUGGCAACUUCCUCCCCUGUAACCUUUUCUUCUCGGCUUUCGUAUGCGUGGGAGUAUAUAUAAGGAUGGCCGCCUCCGCUGCUGUCACUGUAUCGGAAAAGGGCAUGGCGGCGGCAAGGGAUUCGAUGGGAUUCCAGGACUUCCUGCCGAGGAUGGCGGAGCGGCUGGGGGCGGAGGGGCUGAUGGAGGAGCUGUGCAAGGGGUUCAAGCUGCUGAUGGAUCCGGAGAGGGGGGUGAUCACGUCGGAGAGCCUGAGGCGGAACGUGGCGGCGUUGGGGCUGGUGGGGCUGGGAGACGACGAGCUGAUGGGAAUGGUGAGGGAGGGGGACCUCAACGGGGACGGCGUGUUGGACCAGAUGGAGUUCUGCGUGCUCAUGGUAAGAUUGAGUCCGGAGCUCAUCGAAGGCUCUCUCCCUGACGUCUUCAAUCCCCCUGCUCUGUAGCUGCCUCGACUCUCUUUCUUGACGCACCGCACCAGGACUAGUUGUAGCUCGUCUUCUUCUUCCUCCUCUUCUGCCUUCUCAUCCCCUCCUGUUACAUGAUCAUGUUGCAGCUGGGCAAUGUUACUGUCUUGCAAGCCUGAGAUCCA